CAAUGUUGCGUUCUCUAGCUACUCAUCUCUAUGCGACUGUAUGGCCUGACCCCUCACACGCUCCACCCCCUGGCCGUCAAUCAAUCACGUUCACGUAGUUGAUUCCUCGCACCUGCUUUGGUCAAGGCACAUGUUGGUUAAAAAAAAAGUAUCGACAGAGAUUGAUUCGCUGUCAUUAGCUUUAACUUUGCUUGAUACAUUGAACAACAAGCAUAGCAAUUGUUGUUUAGAAAGAAGACCAUGGACGACUUUCAAUUCAUGGAUAGCUUCAAGAGAAAGCGCAUCAAAUUGACCCUCAAGACAGCGACUUUCCUUGGAAUUGUUCAGCGGAUAAACGCUAAUAAAACUGUGAUUUUAGAGGACGUUGUGGAUGUCAAGAAUGGAAGGAAAUUCCCUGGCGUGAAACUAUUCUUUGGACAUGAAAUUCUCAAUGUGGAAUUCCCAAAUGUAACAAAGUCUGACCGAGAUAACACCAGUGACCACAGACCUGAAGGUCACCUGACAGUGGCAGAGUUCCAGCCUUACAGGAAGGGUCUCAUACUGAAUGACGAUGAUGAGAGCCAUGUCAACUUUGUGGUCAUUGAUGAGUUCCAUGAGAAGUUUGGUCCUGCUAUGAUGCACAUCCGGAAGCAGCAGGUGAUCGGGAUAGGAGCUGACGGGGUUGGGACGUUCCAGCACGAGAGACUCUGUUGGCUGCAGAUUGCCACUAAGAACAAGGUGUACCUCUUUGACAUCCUGUUGCUUGGAGCCCGGGCCUUCAAGAACGGCCUGUCCAUGAUCCUAGAAAAUAACCACAUAUUAAAGGUCACUCAUGACUGCCGGAGCCUCGCCGGAUGUUUGAUGGCUCAGUUUGGAGUAAAUCUCACCAACGUCUUUGACACUCAGGUGGCAGAUAUCCUGUGCUUCUACACAGAGACUGGUGGCUUCCUGCCAGACAGGGUCAGUACCCUACCGAAGGUGGUGAGCCUACAUUUGAAGAUGUCCUCGUCACAACUCUCCUCUCUCAACAUCAAGUCUCUGCUCACCAAGGAGGACAAAGAGGUGUGGUACGUGCGUCCCUGCCCUUUAUCCCUGCUGAAGGUCAUGGCACUGUCGGUGAUCCACCUUCAGCCUCUGAGACUGGUGCUGCUGGAUGCCCUCAUGGCUGACUACACAGGCCUGGUGGACUCCUACCUCAGCGGCAGCCGAGAGGAACCUGUCCACAUGCAGAACAUCGGCUCGAGCAGUGUUCUGGAGCUGCCCAGGGAGCUGCGGGAGUUGGAGCACACGCGUCAGAAGCGCCAGAAGUGGGCCGUCGACCGCUACCCUGUCACUGAGCAGGGCCUGCUGGAGCGCUCCAACCCCAGACCCCUACCCCCAUCACAGAAUGGGCAGGGCCAGGACACAGCCACCCAAAGACAACCAGACCCUCCUGUCCCCACAGCAGUGGCGCCUGUAGUCCCAGCACCAGGGCAGGGCCCAGCAGAGACACCCUGUCCCAGCAAUACCCUGGGGGCCUCUGACCUCCAUGCUAUGACCAGUGCCCUGACACAAGAGGCCCAGCAGAGCUACAGGAAACAGCCGUCUGGAGUCGUCAGCCCAGUGGCUAAAUCAGGAGCACCAGGACUCUUGGAGAUAGUGAUGGACACAAUGGCAGGCAGAGGGAGGUCCCUGUUGAAAGACCCAACACCACCCAUUCUCCCUGUGUUCCCCUCCCUGGGAAGAGGCCUGGCUCUCCCGAUACCAGCAGCCCAGGUCCCCAAGGAGAGCCCCGGAGCCUUGAAGACCCAUGCCCCAGUGGGGAGGGUGGAGGUGCCUGUCCCCCCAGGCCCAAGACCCAGCCCAGUACAGCCAUCUGAAAACAUUCCUGGUGCAGGGAGAGGCCUCAUUCAGAAACCCCAAGGUCUCACCUCUCCUCUCAGUCUCUCCUUCAGUUCAUUUAGAAAGAGCCACCUAUGAUUGGGAUUGGUUGGUUCAAAAUUACUUGUACAUUUUUAUUCUACAAAAACCACUAGGUGGCGGUAAAUUGUCAAUUCUGUUUGCAAUAUAAAUUGCACCAAUGUUGGGUGUUAACUGCUUUUCUAUUUCAAAUGUACAAUAUCAAAUUAUAAUUGGAUGAGUGAUAUUUAGAGUUGUGUCCAUGGUAUCUGGUUAACCUGUACAUUUGUUUAUUUAAGCUUCUAUUUUUAAAUUGACUUGAAUUGCUGUUCGUCACUUGUUCCUUUACAAAGUUAAAUUAACACCAGUUCAAUACUCCUGAUUUAUUCUCUCUCUCUUUCUGGCCUGAUUUGCGUGAGUAAUGGUACAUUCUGAAUCUGUUAGGUGCAGUCAUUUCACUUGGUAAUGAGCCCCUCGGCGUACAGGGAAUAUUCUGCCAGGCUACAGCCUGAUAAUGUUCAACUAAUUCCUUUGAUAACAAUACAGAACAUAGUGUAUUAAUUCAUACCAGCCCACACCUGGAUGAUAUGUGCAGCACCAGCAGAAUUAUAGUUCAGCCAAAUGAAGCACAUCAAGUUCAAAUAUUGUAUACAUGAAAAACCUUUUUAUGAUUCAUUAAUUUCAAAAUGUUUCUUCUCAAAGUCCAAUAGUCAGUUGUGUAAAACAAAUGCUAACACAGAAUAAAGUACCCAAUAUAGCUUAGGAUGAUCAAUUUACUAAAUUUGGCUUCAUGGUUGCUGUUAAUUGAGGUGGAACGCAGGAAAGCAUUGAUAGAUGUGCUGUUAAUGAAAGAAAAACAUUGUUUCUGGAAGGUUGCUUUGAUUACGGAUGACUGCAAAACCAUUAGAGCUGGCACAGAAUGAAUGCAGGAUGUUGACAUGAAAUUGAUAUUGCCUGUCUGCAGCACUAAUCACUCAAGAAGUUCAGAUGCUGACGAUCAUAAGUACCCAACACCUGCCUAUGUUUUACAUAGGAAAACAAAGCCAUGUCUUAAUUUAUGGGCUUCCUGAAUUAGGAUCCUGCAAUGCAGAUAUUACACACGUGUUCCACAAAGAGCCACUUUGAAUACAUUUUCAGAGGUGCAGUUUGGGAUCAACAGGAUUUUAAGACAAAAACAAUGUGUUUAAACCGCAGCAGGGCGCGCAGUACAAAUGGGGCCCACAUUAAUCACGUCUUAUUGCCAUGGUUAUCUACGUAUAGCAGCUUGGGCUCAUGCCAGGUACCCUCAUUGAAGGCAUGAAACAGAUAAAGUAGUAUUUAAUUAACUAGGAGGGAGCAGAGCACAAAGACCAAUCUCUCUUAGCAACUUGCUCCUCCUCAGCUUCUGCUAGGGACUGGAUCGAUAGCAGUGAAUGGCGGGCAGAUUGAUAGUUGCAUAUCGGGAUAUUAUUUUUGACUAUAUAUCGUAUAGUUCUGACUAUCGCAAUAGUUUGGUGCAGGUACAGCCUGCACCAAAAUGGCAGUAUUUUUCCUUCAUAGCUUGUUCUCCAUUUACUUAAAAAAAAAUAGGAAGCCAGUUUGUUUUCAGCAAAUUCCAUGACUGAUCAAAACUUUUUUUUCAUGGGUCUCUUGUCCCUCUGCAGCAGACAUAUGGUGAGAUCAUGGAUUAUUCUGUACUUCAUCUCCUAGCCUCCUAGGCAUUUUGAGCUUCUUUUAGAUUUCAAAUUGAAACCAUCAUCUUGUUUCCAGUAAUGUUGAGACAUUGACUAGUGGCUGUAAGAGCCCUUCUGCAUUAAGGUUUUGACAAGGUUCUCUUCACUGUUUGGUUGUGUCAGUCAGUACAUAUGAAGUGUACUGUGUAUGGUUGGCAGAAAUCACAUGGCCCAAUCCAUUGUUUGCCAUACUCUUCCAGUUCCUGGAACUGCGCAGGCCCAGUCUGUCAUUGCCUUUGGUCAUAAAACAGUCAACGUUCCCAUUGUUUAUCCAUCGUUUUCUUUACUAUAUGAUGAAGGGGAUGUCGAUUUUUCAGGGUCUGACUAAACACUCUGGUUCUAGUUGUUCAGUAGGCUGUAUCUCCCCAGUCUCUGUGUUUUGUUGAUGUGAAGAAAGGGGUGCAGGAAGAGGGAGGUCUACCACAGGGCUGUAAGACAGCUGGGACCGGUCAUUGACGGGUAGAGAGGGACCCUUAUUUUAGAGGACACUGCAUUUCCUGUCUGUCACAAUAAUGCAUUAUGAGCUCCACUUCCUGUUUCUCAGGCCUGAGAGGAAGGAACAGGGCGCUUGUCACACGAUAUUCAUGGCUUCCUACCAGAAGGACAGUCGACUACACCUUGAACAUCGCAGCAGGAUGUGUAUGGUUAUUUUUAGUGUCGGAAAGAGUUACACGAUUAGCUCCCAUUGUGCAGCACUGGUCAUAUUCAACAGAGGAAUGAAUAGUUAAUGUGAGAACAGCCAAGCUUCACAGAUGGCCACUCAGGGAGGCAGCAGGCUGGAGACUAAGCUGUCUGGGGCCUUUGGAGGACUCUCUCUCUCCACCAGAAGCCCGUGCCAUAUUGUGACCUUCAGCCAGAGCAGACUGAAUCAUCGAUAGUGGGAACAGAUUGAGUGAGCAGAUGAGCCGUGUGUAGCCGGGCAGAGGGCAGGCCUGCGGAAUAGUACUCAAAUACCCCUGUGCCAAUCUGUACAACUGGCAUCAAAUGGACUGUUUCGCACCCAGGCCUUUAACCCCCUAAGGUUGAUGUCUGCGCCCCCAUGAAAAUCUAAUUAGUAUAAUACAAAAAAUCACAAUAAAAAUCUGUCAGUUUAAGCUAGA